AUGUCUAUGCUGGCACUGUCCGCAGAGGAGCUUCUUCGAAAGGGUGCCGUUGAAGCCUUAGAGUCUGGAGACUAUCUUCUGUACUCAACAUUCGUCGACGUGUGUCUUGCGGAACCAAACUCAUUCGCAUCAGUGGAGGCGCGGGAACAGGUGCUUACCACGUUGCUCGACGUAUUGAAGGCCCAUCCGAAGCUUGUAUUUGAAAUCGGUUGGGAUAUACCGUCCGUUUUAUUGCCAUACAUCGAUUCAGAUUACGAUUAUACAUCGAAACCUCUUCGAGAAGCCCCAUGCGUGCCAUUGGUACUCAAAUUAUUCCAAGAAUUGGCUGUUAAUGGUAAUGCCAAAGAGUUAUUUUUGAAGCUGUGUGAAUUACUUACGCAGCUCGAUUGCUCCAGUAUUGAAGUCAAGCCGGGCCCCGAUGAGAUUUACAGAAGGGCCGCAAUUUUCGAUAUCAAAUUAUACUGUGUGAUUGAAUUGAUGGACGCGUGCACCCGUCGUAUCAAAACUGCCUACCCUCUGCGGUUUCUAGCAAUGUCAGCUUCACUGUUUGUUAACAUGCUAAGCAAAAAUCCAAUGGACAAUAACACACAUUGUCAGUUCGUAUUACGGCGGUGCUAUCAAUUUGUCCGAGGAUACGAAGGUAUGCUUCCCCCGGACUCCGAGGCCAACGAGACCGCAUCCGAAUAUUCUCUUGACCAAGGUGAUCAGUCUGAAAACGAUUCUCAUUUAAAACUGGACAAGAUUGAGAUUGCUGAAGAGAUCAUUUCUGAUGCUGUGGAAUCUCAAAUUGAAGCUAAUUCAAAAUUAGCGGAGAAUGACAAAUCAUUCCCAGCUAUAGAUCUUGGAAGUCUCACUAAGUCACAUGUUGGAACCCCUCUAGUUGAUGCCGCCCCCUCUCGCGACGACGAAGAUUAUCUUCAGCGAAAAAUUCUUCAAUCAUUUGUGACCCUGGCUGUUCAAGUUGCAUUGAAAGAGGUGGUUUUUGGUUUCACUACCGAUUACAUUUCAUAUUUACAACGCGAACAGCGUCACAAACUUACCAGAUAUCUUGACUACGAGCUUAGCGCUCCUGUACUUACUCGUCUUAACGAGUUAUGCCAGCUGUUUGACAUCAGUCCCCAGCAUACGUUCGAAGCGAUGGUAAAACGAGCUCAUGAUUUGAUACCUGCUCGAAUUGAUGAGGAUGAUGGAAUCGGUUUGCUUUUCGAAAACGUGAUCAAAGAGUAUCAAGAAUAUGCGCUGGUACUCGUAGCCCUGGAUGCCAAGAGGGUCGUCGUUUCAGAACGAGGUUGUGCGAUUUUGUGGACAUAUGAGGUGGCUUAUCCCCACAAAUUUGAUUAUGUUUUUACCUUCAAGGAUGCUGUGGCCUUAUUAUUUGUGGGAGUGAUCCCCGGGAUGGUCAAUCCCGCCUACCGACUUGUUGGUUUCGAGGAUGCUUGUGUUUACUGGAUUUGGUAUUCUCUUCAUUCGAGCAAUGCUGGAAUUUCACUUGUUGAUGACUCCGUAUUGGUGGUGGUUUUCCAAGUAUUGUUGCACAUCAUUUCUAACAAUGACACCCGUCCUAAUUUUAGAUACGGUGCUACCACUUUAUUGACAAAAAUUCUUGCGUUAACCGACGAACUCAUAGCAUGGAAUUUCAUCACUGACUCCUUAAAAGAUUGCCCCUUUGAGAACGUAAAAAUGCUGUUGACAGGAAUUCUCAAGGAGUUACUUACACAAGAUCGUCCUGCCGCAGAAGGAAAUGGUCCCAAAACUCCUCUGCGUAAGUAUUUGAAGCUCAAUGAUGAUCGUGGUCUCAUCUUAUUUGAGAUAAUUGCCGAGCAGAUCGAGCAAACGUUCUCAGUUGAGCAAAUAGGCAACGGUCGAGUCGUCCGAAUCGUUCCCACCACAUAUGGGGUACUUGCCACCUAUCUUAAUUUGUUGGUGGCUUUGAAUGGCGUGAAUCUUCUUCAACUGGAUGUGCUUGCAAAACUGUUAAAUCAUUAUAUCCAGGUGGUGGCAGACAAGCUUGAUGAACUCGACAACGAAGCGGAUCCAUUGGAAAAGAACGCCGCUGAUAUGAUGCGUCUCACACUUAACCGUGUCAGUGAGGCAAAGGACAAGAAUGAAGCGCCGGUUUUGUAG